UAAUCGGGACUGACCAACAGUUCUUCGCGCCACACCGCAGUGUUCAUUGCGCUAUCAACAAUAACACAGGGUGUUAGAAGUAACCGUGCUGCGAUCGAAUGUUGUGAAUCGUUCCUCUGAAUCGCACGAAACGUUAACUAUCUACAAAAAGAUGAAGACCCAGUGGAGGACUAUAGCCAUUUUUUCUCUGUGCAUUGCAAACGUGGUGGUUGCGAAUGAAGUUCCACCGUCAGAAAAUGCAGCCGAAGAACCUCCGGAAGGUUACUACGCUUUUGUGGAAUCACCCAAUGCGGAACCUCCACGUCUGAGGCCACCAUCUUAUUCAUUUGCCCCUGUCGACUGCAAAGAGGAUGAUCUUAAGAGCCCUCACGCGUCUCCCUUUAAUUUAUGUGGAGAUCUAAACAAAGGGACUAUUCCUAGAAAUCCUAUGGGGCAGAAUGUGUUGGGUUCUCCCUAUCCUUUCGCCCUCAUCAGAAACAUGACACUGAAAUACCUAAGCCGAACAUUACCAAUUCUUAAGGCGGACGAAACAUUACCCAAAGUUGCGCAGCUCCAAGAUGACCUCAUUUCACAAAAUACAAUAACACCAUUCCACACGAACGACCGAGUUAAGAGAGACACUAGGACGGCAAACCAAACCACAGACAAACAAACCUCCAAGAAUGCCACUUCUACCCCAGAAACCAAAGAGCGGAAAGGACGUAAAUUCUGCGACCAGGGAGGACUCUUCUGCAUGUUGUAUAAAGCCAUCAACGGAGAACCUUACACUACGACCACCGUUACCCAGCAGUCUUCGCAGCUUCCAGUGGAAAGAAGAGACGAGGUUGUGCAACCGAGGUAUGAAGGACCUCCGACUCCUUGUCCUGCGAAAGUGGAAUAUGCUACUCCUGUUUUUGCGAAGAACUAUCAAGGGGUGUGGAGAUACGUGGUUCAGAUUCCGUACGAAGGGUACUUCACGCAGACAGUUGAAGUAACGAGAUGUUUGCAAUCACGUUGCCACUAUUUAGAUGGUGGGUGCUUGUCUUCUCCACGAUGGUCGAGUCUCUUGGUUGCAGAAAUUUAUUAUCCUGAUACCGUUUUGAGUAACAGUGAUACCGUGAAUCCACCCAGAAGUCCGGUGGCGGCGUCGCAACCACCUUCAGUACAAGAUUUUCAGAAUUAUCAGCAAUAUCUCCACAAGAGGGCGGGUCUUCAAGCUGCCCCUAUUGACUCCUCCACAACUUCCAGGCCCACUCAUUGUGACGGCGUAGACGCUCUUGGCUGCUUCCAAGUGCGACUUUACUACGACUGGUUCCUGAUCCCAGGUUCUUGUAAGUGCUGGAGACCAGACUACUUCAACAAAUACGUCAGGAGGAAAUCUACCACUAGCGAUCUCUAAUUUUCACAGUUGUUUAACGAAAUCACAAUCGAGAGACUGUAUUAUUUAUAGACCACAGUUAUCCUUAGCAAUGUAAAUUAUGAAGGGUAUAUUUUUCUAAAAAAUGUAGCGUACGUCUAGUCUAUAUUUUGACACAGAAGAUAAUUUUUUGAAGAAAUGGGUCUGGGGUAAUGUGAACCAUUAAAACAUUAUAGGUAAUUUCGUCUUGUGAUAUCACACCUCCUGGAGUGGAAAUGAGUGAGUUUAAUCGAAAUGUUAUUAAAAACCUCCAGUAUGUUUUAUUUAUUGUUUGUGCUACAAAAUCGCACAGUAGAUAUUGAGGCAGCACUAGGUUUAAUUUUGUGGUAUCAUAUACACAUAUACUUUUUAACUUUCAUUGGCUUGCACAAUAUAGGCUCAUGAAGGUAAAAGAAGUAACGUUUAUGUGACGGUUUUUGUUACAAUGCUGACACGAAACAAAGUAAUUUGAUUGAUGUUUGAAUUAAAUUGCUGUGUUUCUUCCAAGGGGUAGGUAAAGGUUGCGGAGUUAUUUCGCACAUAAUGUAUAAAACAAUUGUAAAGAUGUCUCGAUAAUAAACUGUUACUUAGA